GAAUUGAACAACUUCGCUACGCCUUAGUAUCAAUACUAUAAUGAGCUAUGUUCACGCUAUAGCGGCCGUUUAUAGCUAAACGCUAAACCCCGAAACGAUGUCUCUGCGGAAGACGUCCAGCGUUCGCACUAGUUUACCCCGAUGAAUUGUGCAAAUGUAAUAGGUUGUGUUCAUUGGUGUGGGCAUAGACUGUGACGAGAAGGGGCCGGGGCACCCGAGAUGGCCGAAGCGAACCAGUGGUUCGUCUGGCUCGCUGGCCGCUUCUGGGCGCCUCAAAGAACGGGCUUGACUACUCCUGUUGUUGUUUAUAUCCCAUGCCCGUGGAACCAGGAAUUCGUGCUAGAAAGACGACAGUUAUUUGUUGAUUUGCUGUGUGGCUGCAGCUUUCAGCGGACAAACAGCAGCUUAAGAAAGAACAACCUACACGCUUAUAUGAUUAUGAAACAAAUUAAGACGAAAAGAGGUUUGGACAAUACCGAAUACUUCACUGUCACAUGGCUGCGGUUCCCUGCGUGGUUCAACGGGCUGGGCUGGAUCGACCUGCAGGAGCUACAGGGGGACCCCGCAACAGCCGGCAUUGCGGAGGGAGCGGUGUUCGACAGGCCAGAUGGUUUGCCCGCGCUCGCCACCUUCUCAUCGGCCGGGUCCUUCAAGGACUACUUGGUCAUGAACGAGGACCGCUACUCCAUUAUUUCGGCGGACAUCUCGGGAGUGCCGCUGUCCAAUGCGUGGAUGCGCGCCAAGACAGGCACCUUCCAGCAGCUGGCGCCGGGUUACGUCGCGAGUCUGGCGGAGAACGUGUGCGUGAACGACACGGAGCCGCGCGGGCUGCUGCACCCACGCACCUACCUAGCAAUGUACUACCGGGCCGAAGCGCUGGCGGCGCUGGCUGCCGGCGGCUACGUCCCCAGCGCCGCGCCGCCGGACGACUGGGAGCAGCUCAUAGCGCUGCUGGAGGCGCACCGCCUGGCCAACAGCAGCCGCAGCAGCAGCAGUGGGGGCAGUAGCAGCAGCCUGCCCAAGUACGGGCUGUGCAUUACCACACACCCGGACUGCGGGCGCCUGGGUGACGUGUGGGCGGCACUGGCAGCAAGCAUCCUGCAGACUCAGGGCACGGAACAGGGGUACCUGUACGACCUCGCAGAACCGCCGCCGGCAGCGACACCCAUGGCCAAUAGCACGGGCUGGGUUCACGCCACGGGGCUGCUGCGGCGCAUGCUGGCAUACAACGCGCCGGAGCCGGGUGUGCGCGAGCACCGCGAGUGCACCGACAUAAGCAGCCACUUCCUGUCGGGGGAUUGCAUGAUCACGUUUGAGUGGGACGUGUCGGUGUUGAGGCUGCGGGUGGCGGCGCUGCGGCCCCCGGCGGCGCAGCUGCUUGUGGCUUCGCUGCCCGGCAGCCGCACGGUGAUGGACCGGCGGGCCGGCAGCAGCACGUCGGGCCAGCUGGUGACGUGCGACUGGGAGCUGUGCGGCGUCAGCGCCAACCACGACCUGCUGUACAUGCCGGGGCCGACCCACCCCGGAGGUGGCGGAAGCGCUGGCGCGGAUGGUGCAAGUGCCAGCACUGCCGCCGCUGCCCUGACUGUGGCGAGUGGGGGCUCGGGUACAGACCAGCAGGUGCUAUGCGACCCCUCGGAGGCCAAGGCAUUUGAGGCCGCGGAGGCAAAGGCAGUCCGGGCAGGCCCGGGCCAGGGCCCGGCCGCGGAUGCGGCUGUGAGCUGGGCGCUGCUCAACCGCGCGCCGUAUUCGGUGAUGGUCCAGCACUUCGUGCGGUACCAGGCGUCGACAGUGGGCGACACCACGUCACCAGCGCGUCGCUUCGAGGCGCUUGGCGAGGCAGUGGACACGCUGGUCGCUCGUGUGGCCAUCCUGCGCGGCGGUGUGAUGGCGGCCGCGCGGCGCCGCGUGGGCUUCCCGCUGGCCAACGAGAGCACCGGCAUCACCGGCAACCCGCACAGCUACAUGCGCGCCCGGUGGUGGGAGCUGCUGCGGCGGCCGUUCGACGUGCAGCCCUACCUGUCGCUGGGCCUCGGCAACGACACCAUGCAGUCCUACAUGGCGGUCCUGCUGCACGGCACGCACUCGCCCAACGCCGCCGGCGACGUCACCUCGCCCAUCCUGGUCAACUUUGCCAAGUGGGCGCUCUCGCAGGCCGCGUACGUGUUGGAGCCGCCCGCCGGCGAGCAGGCGGUGGCGAACGCCACGGCGGAGGUCAUGCGCAUCAUGGACAUGAUGGAGCAGGCUUUUGGCGCGGACCUGCUUCGUUCCACCUAUGAGGAUGCGGUGAACGCCCCGGUGUGGACGCCACCAGUAGCAACUGCACACGGGUCCGCUGGUGGGCAAGGCGGCGAGCUCAUCGGCCACGGUGCGCUGGCUGGCCUGCUUGUGGGCCUGAUCACAGCCGUACUGCUGUCGGUGCUGACGCUCGUUUUUGUUGCGCUGCGGCUGCGGCGCCGCAACCGAGACCUCUUGGGGCGCGUGCGGGCUCCACGUGCGGGCGUUGACACCACCCUGCUCAUCAGCGAUAUUCAGAACAGCACGCGGCUGUGGGAGGAGCUGAGCGUGACCACCAUGGACGCGGCGCUGAAGAUGCACCACGCCACCUUUCGCAAGCUCAUUCCGGCGCAUGACGGCUACGAGAGCGCGACUGAGGGCGACUCGUUCAUCAUCGCCUUCCCCUGUCCCGCCAGCGCACUGGCCUUCGCCACCGCCUGCCAGCUGGCGCUGCUGCACCAGGACUGGCCGCAGGAGCUGUUGCAGCACCCGGACGGCGCGGUGGUGGCGGUGGAGGCGAGGGGAGGAGAUGCGUUGGAGCUGCUCACCGGCGCCUCCAUGGCCGCAACGAUGGCGCUAGCCCAGGGCAAUGAGACGCCCAAGCAGUCCGAAAACGGACUCCUAGCUGCGGACUCGGGCAUACUUCCGCCGCUGGCCGGGCAACUCGCUGGGGGCCGCUCCCAGGGACCACGGUGGAUGCUCAGGUCCCUGGACCUGCCCCCGAACAUCGAGCGGGAGCCCCUGCCCCUCCCCGCGUCAGUGCUCUCCACGACCACGCGCUCGCGACGGAACCUAGGCCUAGACGAGCCUGUCGCAGAGGUGUCGUCGGCGCAGGCAGCGCCGUCUCUGGCGCUGAUGCAACUAGACCCGACGGCCGCCGCCGCUGCGGCCGAAUGGGCUCCGGUGGCAGCAGCACGGAGCGCCCGGGCCCGCUGGAGCCUUUCGAACACGCCGCUGGUGGAGACUGUGAACACGGCGGCGAGGGCCUCUUCCUGCAACACCGGUGACGGGGGCGCGGCAGGGGCGAGCGGGCUGUCCGCCAGCGGCAGCGACGCUGUCAUGGACGCCGCCCUGGUCGUGGCGCGGGCUAGCAGCAGGCAGAUCACAAUGCUGCAGGCCUCUGCAGCCAUGGAUGUGGGCACGCCGCGAGCGGGAGCCGACUCAAUGUCGGGCCUGCCGACGGGGUCUACCACGACCAUUAUGGUGCGCGCUACAUUUGCUGGCACGGGCCUGAGCGUCAGCCAGCCUGGCGUCACACCCUUGUACGGCCAGCCAACCGUGGUGGAUGAUGUGCCUGGGCCGAGCUCACAACCGGGCGGCGGGCAAAGCUACGCAGGCGCUGGUAUUUUGGCCCAAAGCAUGCCUGCUGCCAGCAGGCCCCAUAGCCUCAAGGGAACGGGUUUCGCCGCCGGCGGACUGCUGCGCGCCGGCGGCGGCGGGUUCACUGGGUACCCAGCGGCACCCAACAGCUUCGGGGCUGCGGCCGGCGACAAUGCGCCAUCGCUACAGCAGCAGCCGCUCCAGCAGCUGCGGCGGGUACUGGCGUCGCCGUCGCGUCCGUCCUCAGCAGCACAUAUGCAGCCGCCGUCAGCACCGCGCCCGCCGUCGCCUUGGCCUGGCGGCGGCAGUGGCCACACAGCCCCAGGGGCCACCGCAGGGGAGCAAAGCUGCAGACUUGAGGCUGACAGCACGCCUAGCACGUCGACUACCUGGGGGCAGGCGCUGGCGGCGGCUUUCCCAGUCGCCUCCGGAACGGCGAUGGCCGCAGCUGCCUCCCGCCGCGGCAAAAGGCGCCUGUCGAGCGCCGCGCAGCUGGCCAUGGGAUUCCUCAGCGGAGGCGGUGCGGGCACCGGAACGCUCGGCAGCAAUGUCGUGGCAUACCGAGGACUUCGUGUGCGCAUGGGUAUCCACACCAGCUUGGCGCCAAGCGCCUGCAUUCUGACCUUCAACCGCGUCAACUCGACGUACCACUACUCGGGUACCCUCGCUGAAACUGCCAAGCUCGUGAGCGACGCCGCGAACGGGGGUCUUGUGGUGCUCUCGGCCCAGGCAUUCACGCGCCUGCGCAACACCGGCAACAGCGCUGCAGCCGCCAAGGCUGAUGCGGUGGUGAUCUACGCGGGGCACUGUGUGCUCGAGGAUGAAGCGCAGGGCUAUGCAGCUGCUGCAAGCGGCCAGAGCCCGACCGGGGCCGCCUCGGAAACGAACGGUGCCGGAAAGGGCAAUUUUGAAAGGAUGACGGAGGGGCAAGUGGGGUUGGUUCUGGACGUGUCGCACGUUCAAUUCAUGCGCAUGGCCAAGUCGACCGUCCAGGAUGCGGGUCCAGCACCUGCGUCGCGCGGCGGCAAGAAGCUGGUAGCAGCUAGGCCUAGCUUGCCGCCGGACACCGCCGGGACCGUGACAACGGGCGCGGCCGGUUCUGGCGAUGUCCCGCUCUUCGUGGCGGUGCCGGCCUCGCUGCUGUGCCGGCUGGCGCACACGCCGCCGCUGCGCACCUUGCGGCAAGUGCAGCUGGGCAGUCUGGCGGCGCCCACUGGCAGCGUCACCAUCGCAUUCAUGAAAGUCGUGGGCGCCUCCACUCUGCUGACGGAGCUACCCGGUCCCGCCAGCCGGGCCCUGGACCAGUUCCAGCGCCUGGCAUGCGGGCUGCUGAUGGGUGCGGAGGAGACCACUGAGCACGGCGCCGCCUUGGACUUCCGCGGCCGCAGCGGUGGUUAUUUGGUGGAGGGCGGCGAUGGGCUGGUGCUGGCGGCGUUCGGGUCCCCGCUGGCGGCUGUGGAGUGGGCGCUCGACACGGUGGAGGCGCUGCGAGAGCUGGUGUGGGAGGAGGAGCUGCUCGCGCAUGAGAUGUGCGAGGAGGUGCUGACUGCGGGCCCCGCACCCGCCGUAUCGGCAGUGGCCGCCGCGCCUGCCAAGCCGCGCGCCGUCUCUGGCGGCGGACGCAGCAUCACGGCCGCCCUGUCGCCGCUGCCUUCUUCCCUGGCACAUGCGCCUGGCUGUUCAACGCCUGCGGGACAGCAAGCUCAGCCGGUGAUAGCGGGGAUGCAGGCUAGGUGGCGGAGCUUGGAGCGGGGCCUACGAGUCAAGGUUGGCCUGGACGUGGGCCCGGUGACCUACAGCCUCACGGAGUCGUCGGGCCGGCUGUCUUACCGUGGCCGCGUCAUGAACAGGGCGGCCCGCAUCGCUGGCACCGCCAGCCCGGGCCAGGUGCUUUGCAGCGGCGCCGUGUGGGCGGCGUGCGAAGCGGGCAUGACGGCGGUGCCGCUGCCGGGCAGCAGCCAGCUUGUGGGCGUGAGCCUGGGCAAGGUGGCUCUGAAGGGCAUCACCUCACCUGUGGAGAUAUUCCAGUGCCAGCGCGAGGGCUGCUGAGUGGGGUCGUUGAUGCAAAAGCAGUGCCGGCCCCUGCCUCCGGCCGGGUCAUGCAGCCUAUGUCGUCAGGACGCAAUAAACGAGAGUAUCAUAGGUGUGGUAUGCCACAACAGGCCACAACUUCGGCACACCGCCGCGCAGGAGCAGAAUGCAACCAUUACCUACCUGAUUUUGCGCGGCGCAGGGCGUCGAAGCAACUUCGUUUAUUUUCGUGACCAGCAGCAGCAGGGGGUCAGGUGAUGAUGUGGGGCGCGAUGUAUGGAUGUGGCAUCAUGUAUGUUAAUCUGGGCGCUUCAUUGCGCUAAGCCAAUCGAGUAGUCACGGGUUCGAAUUUGAGGCGUGGGAGCCGCCUCAUCCCGGUUAGUGCACGUGCUGGACUGCUGUGCUGCAGUAGGGCGCGCGUUCGUGACUGCUGUGUGAAUGAAUUGUGGGCUUGCGUUGUCACGCUGAUACGAGUGCAACAAUGAGCAGGCCAUGCCGUGUGUGCGACGUUUUGGGACGUUUGCAACCCGUGUUUACAUUCAUGCAAUUUUAGUCAUGUCCAUGAUGCGUGGAAACUGGAGGCUGCGCCGUCGGUCAGCGCUAUAGUUGGGUUUCAAUGAUGCUGUAGACCUCCGCCAGGGUCUACGGCUACCGUGUGCGGAUAUUGCGCGUGCUUAAUCUGCUGAGGGCCACAGACUGCAACAGCAGCAGUGUAUUGAUGUGGGGACUAUGUGUUCCUGCCACUUGCUCUGGGCUCGGUAUUUAAGGACGGCUGGUAUCGGUGUUCCAGCUAUUGGGGGUGCUGUUUCGAGCCGGGCCCGGGAGCAGUACGCGUAUGUAUGGGUGUACGGCAUUGCGCUCAUUUGGCACUGUGCGUGCAAUUUGUCAUUUGCAUUGUCCAGAGAUGCCCGGCGUCACCCAAGUUGCGGUGUAGAGGUGUGGGGUCCUCACAGCGCCUUGUGAGGGUGGGAGUAGCCCCACGGAGUACCCUGCAAUAUGCGAAGGGAGGCGUGGGGAGGUGUAGGGUGGCUGCGGUGGACCCGGAACAACAUACCUACCCUGCGUCGGUUUUUUUUACGUACUUCUCCGCCUUCCGCCGAAAGCGCUGGGCUGCG